AUGAAAAGGUACUCGGACAGCGGAGAGGGCCCGCUAGACGCUCGCUUCAAGAGCAGGAGAGACGAAUCACCUGGUACACGACAUAUUACCGACCUACUUCGAGGCACUCCAUCCAAGGCUGAACGAAGUACCAUGAGUGCGACAGAGGAAAUUUUCAAAUCGGAACUUGACAACAAGGGAAUUUGGUACCGGAAUGGUUGGCCGCGCCUUCCACCUCCUGAUAUCACGGGCAUAAGGCGUGGCAUCGACGAUGAGAUUGGCCCGCGGAGACGUGACAGGUAUAUAGAGUGGAUUGGGAGAAUCCUAAAGGACGAUCUGCAUGUGGAAGGGGCGACUUUGCGCUUCGAGUUCCGUCCCUCCCGUCAACUUCUUCGAAAGUUCGGUACUCUAUCGAGAGAGGAGAAAAGUGAGUUUUUCUCACUUGUCAUCGAAUUAGAUAUGCACAAGGUCUAUUGCUAUAUCAACCGGAUUCUCUGGACGGUACGGCAAAAGCUAAUGCGAACGGAUGAUACACGCACAUUGUUAAUCGAGGUUCUGGAUCGGCAAAUGGAACGUGAUCAUUGGGAUAUGUAUAAAACUAGCUCCGAUGCCGAACGAGAUGCGGCCUGGAGUAAGGCCUGGCGCUCAUUCUAUAGAAGGUGGCAUUGCACGUACCGGCACCAACUCAUUGAGGACUGCUUGAAGUGGACGGAUAUCGAAUUUAUACAGCUAUGCCGCAAGGGCUAUUGUUGGCAAAUGUCUAGACCGACAGUUGUCCUUUGCUCGCUCACGGCAUACAAAGAUCGCUGGUGGAUCGAAACUCUGCCCAAGGUUCGGGCGUGGCUUGCCGAAAACGACCUUUUCAUGGAUGUAGAACUAGAGCAAGCUGAUGGUACGGAGUCGGCAGCAUGGUAG